AUGUUGUCGCUGUCGUCCUCGGCUAACGAAACAUGCAAGUUCAUCAACCUCCCCAACCCAAUUCGGCACCUGAUCUAUCGCCACGUAGGUUUACCUACAAAUACUUUUCUAUAUCUUGACAUCCCCCGAUCCAGCCGUAGUCCUUAUAGCGGAACACGCCAGGACCUGGACGGCGUCCUCAACCUCUUGCUCGUCUGUCGAGCCAUUCAUGUUGAAGUGUCGUCGCAUCUAUACUCGGCCAAUACCAUAGUCACCCACAGCUUGGGUCCUCUUAUAAGCCUUAACACAUCUUCCCUCUCAUAUCUUACCUCUCUCAAGAUCCACCUGAAUGUUGCUGGUACCACGCAUUGCGGACAGAGGUAUUGGGGAUAUGAUAGUGAAGGGCUGAGGGAUUCCGACCCUCUCAUAUCUCAGUGGAAGGCUGCUAUCGACCAUAUUGCCCCUCAUAUUAAACCCCGGCAAUUGGAAUUAGCACUCAUUUGCGACUGCGAGCCUAGACGGGCGAAUGCCGCAAAUCUCGUACUAGCACCUCUUCGUCAGCUGCCUAUCCUGAGGCGGUGCCAUAUUCGGCUUGGGUGUAAACCUCACCGUCAACUUCGCCAACUAGCCUGGAGCGCCGCUGAACGUGCCGUUGGCCUAGCACCACCAUCCACAUUUCAAUUUCUACGUCUUCCACCCGAGAUACGCAUCAGGAUCCUAGAGUAUACGGAUCUUGUAACGCCCUUCAACAAGAUUCGAUGGAAUCCGGGGGCAGGGUAUCAUACAUUCAGAGAGUGCGACUCUCGCGAGUACGGACCGCCGUAUUGUCACCCAAACGACCACCGAGCUUGCGUAUCAAGCAAGGAUGCUGGCAAGAGCUGCCUGGUGUGUCCUCACGGCGAUAGUAGGGUAAGAUACGGGCCCGAAUCGCACUGCUGGCGAUGUUUCCACUACGCCUGCCAAUUUUAUGACUGCGAGAGGCGUAGCACGGCAGGCGAUCAGACCUACACGGGGUGCUUCUGCUCCCGCCGCCACGCCGCUUAUUCGCCUCUCUGUCGGUGUUGGGCUCCCCCUACUGCCUUCUUUUUCGUCAGCCGAGCUUUUCGAGAGGCUGCCGAAGCUGUUUUCUUUGCUCAUAAUCACUUUGUCGUCCGCACCUCUUGUUAUUACAAUCUCCCGUCCUCCCUCGUAGGUAAUACAACGCUGCCCCCUAAACGAUAUCCUGGAUGCGAAUUCCUCAGUGCUAUACCCAUAGAGGCGAUACGACAUCUACGAUCUCUGGAAAUAAUAUUUGACGAUCAGGGACAUUUGACACGCUACUCCCUACCUCCAUUGCGUUCUUUCGGUAGCGUCAAGGACAGACUUAACCUACAGUUUCUCCAAAUUAUUGCCCUGCUGCGACCCGCCAGGGGUCAAAAAUUGGGCAUCGUAGCUGCUGAGAAAGGUGUGGACUACGUGGGAGAUCUAGCAGAUAGAUAUAUAUGGCCUCUCAGCCGCGCCGAUCUUGUUUCUAGGGCCCAAACACUUGUCGUAGAGAUCAUCGACGUCGUCCCGGAUAUAUUUUACUAUUUGCGGUCGCCGUCAAAUGAGCUCCCCAUACAUAUUCAGGGCCGCUUGCUCUAUUCGAAUUCCCACACGGCUCGACUAAUAACAGGUAACUUGACAGGUGGUACCGGGAGCGAAUUAGGAGAUAGUACCUCUGGAAUGCACGACCGUCAGCUAGUAGAAGGCUUCUGCCUCUAUAGUGACAUAACUUAUCCCGAGUUCGAAUUUUUUCAUGUUGCUCACGGGCUAUACCGAAGAUCAUGA